CUCUUUCCCUCUCCCCAAUCUAUUUUUGCCCUCCCCAAGUUCCCAUCGAUUCCAGCUCUCCUCUCACUUUCGUCCGUCCAAGCUGGUUCCGGCACUAAUUAGUAUCGACGUCGCCGACCAGACGAGGUCGGACCUGGGUUAACGGUUUCGCACGCAAUUGCCCGUCAAAAUGGCUGCCGUGGGCGACACAGGCGGAAUGUGCGACUGUCAGUGCGAGCAGCGGUGCGAGUCGGUGUGCAAGCGAGGCGGCCCGGCGGGGUCGGGGCGCGUGCGCAUGUGGUUCGAGGAGGAGAUCGAGGAGAAUCUCAGAUGGGUCUUCGGCGUCACUAACAUUCUCCACACGGGAGUGAGCGAGUUUCAAGACAUCGAGCUCCUGGAGAGCGGCCCCUUCGGCAAGGUGCUGGUGCUGGACGGCAAGCUGCAGAGCGCGGAGGCGGACGAGUUCGUGUACCACGAGUCGCUCGUGCACCCCGCGCUGCUCUACCACCCGCAGCCGAAGCGGGUGUUCAUCAUGGGGGGAGGCGAGGGGUCGACAGCGCGCGAGUGCCUAAAGCACAGCAGCGUGGAGACGCUAGAGAUGUGCGACAUUGACAAGGAGGUGGUGGAGUUCUGUCGGCGCCACCUCACCAUCAACCGCGACACCUUUGCCUCGCCGCGCCUCAAGCUCAUCAUCAACGACGCCCUCGAGGAGCUCCGGAGCAGGACGGACGAGGAGGGGUACGACGUCAUAAUAGGCGACCUGGCGGACCCGGUGGACGGCGGGCCGUGCUACAAGCUGUACACCGAGUCCUUCUACACCACGCUGCUCAAGCCGCGCCUCAACCCCGGCGGCAUUCUUGUCACGCAGGCGGGGCCCGCCGGGAUCCUGUCAGCGCGCGAGGUGUACACGCCGAUUUACAAUACGCUGCGCCAGGUGUUCAAAUAUGUGGUUCCCUAUGCAGCGCACGUGCCAUCGUAUGCUGACACUUGGGGCUGGAUCAUGGCGUCAGACACGCCCUUCCCUGAGAUGGCAGCUGCUGACGUGGACACGAGGAUACAGCAGCGCGUGGACGGCGAACUGCGCUUCCUGGAUGGCUCCACCAUGCUGGCCGUGGCCUCGCUCAACAAGCACCUGCGCAACCUAUGUGCAAUGGAGACAACAGUCUAUACCGAAGACUCUCCACUUUUUAUCCAUGGUUUGGGAACACAGCAAACCCACGAAAAAAAGUAGAAAGGCAGAUAUUGCUAGAUGGAAAACCUUAUACUAGCGUAGGGUCGGGACUCAUAAUAUUUUUACUUGCCACCUUCCACUUUGUAUCUGUUGGAAAUACCUCCAUGACUUAAAACCCCACGGCAAAA